AUGGCGAACGCAAACAAGUUUGUUACCGAAGGUACCGCCGUCGCGGCCGAAGAUGACGACGCGCCAGCCCCGGAUGACGACGCGGAGAAGGUUUUGGAUCGCGCGUGGUACGACGACGACGAGGGCGGCGGCGCGCACGGCGACGCGCACAACCCUUUUAACACGAACGCACGGGAUGAGGCGCGUUACGCGAACAAAGAACAAGAAUACGCGAAAAGGUUGACUCGACGCGACGGGUCGCUCAUGUCCAUGGCUGCGUCGCGACGCGUCAGUCAACUCAACGCCGAUUCAAAUCAAUGGGAAGAAAAUCGUAUGAUGACGUCCGGUGUGAUUCGCACCAAGGAAAUUGAUUUGGAUUUUGAUGACAUGGAAGAAAACCGCGCGGUUUUGCUCGUGCACGACACGAAACCGCCAUUCUUAGACGGCCGUAUGGUGUUCACGAAGCAGCAAGAGACUGUCGUACCGGUGAAGGACGUCACGAGCGACAUGGCGCAAAUCGCGCGCAAAGGAAGCGCGUUGGUGAAGGAAGUGCGUACGAAGCGAGAGGAGAACAAAGGUCGGGAUCGAUUUUGGGAAAUGAAAGGGUCGAAGAUGGGAUCGAUCACGGGUACGACACAAGCUGAAAACAAGGAAGCCGCGGAAAACGCGCAAGCGGCGAAAGGUCGCGAUGACGACAGACCAGACGUCGUCGGCGCGGACGGCGAAAUCGAUUUCAAGGCUGGCGCCAAGUUUGCCGAGCACAUGAAAGGUUCGAAGGCGAGCGCACAAAGCGAGUUCGCGAAGACGAAGACGAUCAAAGAACAGCGUGAGUUCUUACCUGUGUACGGUUGUCGCGAAGACUUGAUGCAUGUCAUUCGCGAAAAUCAAAUCGUAGUCGUCGUCGGCGAAACCGGAAGCGGUAAGACGACGCAAAUGACGCAAUACAUGCACGAGGAAGGUUACUCCACAUUCGGGAUGGUCGGUUGCACUCAACCCCGUCGUGUAGCUGCAAUGAGCGUCGCGAAGCGUGUGAGCGAGGAAAUGGGCUGUGAACUAGGUAAGGAAGUCGGUUACGCCAUUCGAUUCGAGGACUGCACGGGGCCUGAUACGAUUAUCAAGUACAUGACGGAUGGCGUGCUUCUUCGAGAAACUUUGCGCGAACCUGAUCUUAACAUGUACAGCUGUAUCAUCAUGGACGAAGCGCACGAACGAUCGUUACACACUGACGUUCUAUUCGGUAUUCUGAAGAAAGUUGUCGCGCGCCGUCGCGAUUUCAAGCUCAUCGUCACGUCGGCGACGUUGAACGCAGAAAAGUUUAGUAACUUCUUUGGAUCGGUGCCGGUUUUCCACAUUCCUGGUCGCACGUUCCCGGUCGAUAUUCUGUACUCCAAGACACCCGUGGAGGAUUACGUCGAAGCUGCGGUGAAGCAAGCGCUCACUGUGCAUCUCUCGUCGGGACCGGGUGACAUUUUGAUCUUCAUGACGGGUCAAGAAGAAAUCGAGACGGUGACGUACACGUUGGAAGAGCGCGUCGAGCAGUUGAUGAGCGAAGGCACGUGUCCACCGCUGAACGUUUUACCAAUCUACUCACAACUCCCGAGCGAUUUGCAGGCGAAGAUUUUUCAAGACGCAGAGGAUGGUAACCGAAAGUGCAUCGUCAGUACGAACAUCGCGGAGACGUCGCUCACGCUCGACGGCGUCAUGUACGUCAUCGACAGUGGUUAUUGCAAACUUUCAGUGUUUAAUCCUCGAAUGGGUAUGAAUGCUUUGCAAGUUUUCCCUUGCGCGCAAGCUGCGGUGAAUCAACGCAGCGGCCGCGCCGGUCGUACUGGACCAGGGACGUGCUAUCGCCUGUACACGGAGAUGGCGUUCAAGCACGAAAUGCUCGUCUCGACGGUUCCCGAGAUUCAACGCACCAACUUGGGUAACGUCGUGUUACUUUUGAAGUCGCUCAACGUGGAUAACUUGUUAGAUUUUGACUUCAUGGAUCCUCCUCCCCAAGAAAAUAUCUUGAACAGCAUGUAUUCCCUGUGGAUUUUAGGCGCGCUCGACAACACUGGCGGGCUCACGAAACUCGGCUCGAAGAUGGUUGAGUUUCCCGUCGACCCGCCGCUGGCGCAGAUGCUCAUCAAAGCGGAAGAAACGGGCUGCUCGAACGAAAUGCUCACCGUCGUCGCGAUGUUAUCGGUUCCGUCAGUGUGGUUCAGGCCGAAGGAUCGAGAGGAAGAAUCCGACGCCGCGCGCGAAAAGUUCUUCGUUCCCGAAAGCGACCACUUGACGUUGCUCAACGUGUACCAGCAAUGGAAAAAUAACGGGUACAGGAACGAUUGGUGCAACAAGCAUUUCAUUCAGGGCAAAGGUCUGAAGAAAGGUAGAGAGGUGCGCGCGCAAUUGAUGGAUAUCAUGAAGCAACAGAAAAUCCCGCUCGUGAGCUGUGGGCAAGAUUGGGACGUCUGCCGUCGAUCCAUCGCCGCCGCGUACUUUCAUCAAGCGGCGCGUUUGAAAGGCGUCGGUGAGUAUGUCAAUGCUCGCAAUGGUAUGCCUUGCCACCUUCAUCCGAGCUCAGCGCUUUAUGGUCUGGGUUACACUCCUGAUUACGUCGUAUACCACGAACUCAUCAUGACAUCGAAAGAAUACAUGCAAUGCGUCACCGCCGUCGAACCGCACUGGCUCGCCGAAUUCGGACCGAUGUUUUUCACGCUCAAGGAGAGCCAUUCGAGCAUGUUGAAAUCAAAGGCGAAGCGCAAAGAGGACAAGGCGAAGAUGGAGGCUGAAAUGCAAGCUAAACGCGAUGAGGAAGCACAGCUGCAAGAAGCGCAGCGCACGCGAGAAGAAGAUCGCCGCGCGAGACAAAGGAGUCAAAUCGUGACGCCGGGGCAACGCAGCGCGGCGACGACGCCGCGCGUAGAUUACGGAACGUCGCGUCCCCCAUCGAGCGUUCGGCGCGGUGCGGGUGGCCGGACGCCGGGAAGAAAACGCUUUGGACUAUAG